AUGACACGCGCUGCCACUGCGCCGCUUCUGCUACAGCUCCAGAGCUCGGAUUCGGUUUCCUCACAGGUGGCCUCGCUGCGCACACUCAAAAACGAACUGAUCGGCCAUGACCAGCGCAAGGAAACCUAUAUCACCGCCGGCAUCAUUCCCGCUCUGGGGCAAGUGCUCAGUGCGCGGCGUCCAGGGAGAGAUACGGCAGCAGAGUCGAACAGGGCGGGACUAAGCCAGGUUUCUCUGUAUCAUAAUUCUGAUGACUCUGAAGCCUGUCUCCAGGCCAUCCUGAUUGUUGGCAGCUUGGCCCAAGGCGGUCCAACAUUCCUUGCUCCCAUCUUCGCCAGCGACAUUCUUCCUACACUUCUCGCCAUUCUGUCUUCUCCAGAUUGCCCUUCGUCGUUUUUACCUCCGAUCCUGAGGGUUCUCAACACAAUUGCAGAUCGACUACCACUGCAAAGCCAGGACCAGUGGCCUCGAGACACCCGACUGGCGGAUCUCGUCUUUGCCGGCGAGCACAUUAGUGCGCUCAGACGAAUUGUUGCACAAGACUACGCCUCCUCACGCAACCAAGCCUGUAUCGAGCUAGUAGCCGCUUUGAUCGGAAAGCUAUGCACAGAGGAGAUUCACAAGACGGCCUUGGCGGAAAGCGGAGUGCUGGAUGCUCUGGCUGUCAAGGUUGCCUCUUUUGUAGUGGCCCAAGGUUUUGUUCUUCCUGGCGCUGAAGACCAUCUACAAGAACCCGGCGCUUUGGGGGAAUUCCCACCUCCAGCGCCUACAUCCGCACGCCUUGCCCCCAUUCUCCGUGCAGUCACGGUAAUCAUUGAACAGUCGAAAUGGCGGGCAGAGCACUUCCUAUCCUCCCCGGGAAUUAUGACCGUAUUUCCAAAGCAGGUGCCUGGAUUUGCACCAUCGGACAUCAAACGAGGUCCAUGGGGAGCGGCUUACCUGUCCGGCUCUGCGGUCCCUCGCAGUACUGGCGCCAAUCCAGUCGACACCCUGCUGCCUUCGGUUCCACUGGCACAUGGAAAAUCAUCCCCGAAUUCGGCCAAUUUCCCGCCUCUUGGGAAUAGUGGCUCCCAACGUCGCCAUAGCCAUUCUUUCCCAACGCCGUUUUCGCUGGCCGAGACACCAACUCCGGAAGAAGAAGAGAGCUCAAUUGUCCCAUGGCUGCUAUGUAUUCUCCGCUCAGAAGGAGGUAUGGUCCGGCUGAUGGCUGCCCGGCUGGUUACAGUCCUAUUCCGUCUCGGCCUCGCAAAGAAGCAACGGGUCCCGAUGUUUAGCUACUUGCUGGUGCCGAUUCUCCUUCGCAUGCUUGAGAAGGACUUCGAGUUGCCGGACGAACACGAUCCCUGCGAUGAUGGCCUGAUCACACCGACGCAACGUUUGAAAGAGGAAACCCCCGCAGUAUUGGCCAACUUGGUCAUGGACGACCAAGACCUUCAGAAACACGCAGUUGACGGCAAUGCACUGAAACGGCUGUCUCAAUUGCUCAAGGAGACUUAUAACCCUGUUCCGGAGAGCCUACGACCAAUGUGGUAUGCGGAGGGUGAUGUUCCAGCCCGGGACCCUGAGUCAAUGUCUGCAGACUGCCGGCUCGGACCUCCUGGGUACUCGCCAACAUUGUGCCAUGUCAUGCGAUACCGUGAGAGCAUUUUGAAAGCCCUGGCGGCACUGGUGCCUUUCAAAGACGAGUAUCGUAAAGCCGUCUGCGAGAAUGGCGUGGUUCCCUAUAUAAUCGAUUCUCUCAAGCCUCGGCCGAGCGAUGCGCCGGCUGACGCAGCAUCAAUGCCCAAAAAUUUAGCUGCGGACGGCAACCCGACGCCCACAAUUUUGGCUGCUUGUGGUGCUGCUCGCAUGUUAACAAGGUCGGUCAGUGUCUUGAGGACCAGCCUCAUUGAUGCUGGGGUUGCUCAGCCACUGUUCGUUUUGAUUAAGCAUCACGACCUCGAAAUUCAAAUCGCAGCUACGGCAGCAAUUUGUAACCUGGCACUGGAUUUCAGUCCUAUGAAAGAGGCAAUAAUCUCUGCUGAUAUCAUUCCUAUUCUCUGCGAGCAUGCUCGCUCGUCCAACACCAAGUUAAGAAUCGAAUCAUUAUGGGCGCUCAAGCACGUGGUCUACAAUACGGCAAAUGACAUCAAGAUGAAAGUGAUUGAGGCUCUCACUCCACUAUGGAUCCGACAAAUCAUUAGCCAAGACCAGGUCAGCGCUUUAGCGAGACGAGGAAUGGAGGACGAGACGGACCAAAGCUCAGGCAUUGCCAUGGGCCGCGCGAACUCCUUCGGCGAACAGGUCGAUAUCCUGAACCCAAUGGAAGACUCCGGCGAGCCAGCGGAAGACUUCAAGAUGAACGACAGCAUGCCGUCCUCUAAAAUGAGUUUGGAUAUGUUCCUGCCCGAUGCUAGGCGCCGCCGUCAGCUUGUCUGGAACGGAACUCUGGAGCAGUCCACCCAGUCUCGGCAGGAUGAUAUUGCCGUCCAGGAGCAGACAUUCGACCUGCUGCGCAACAUCAUCUGCGGUCCCGGUGCGGCCGAGAUGAUUGACUACUUACUCAAGGAGAUCGGACAGGACGAGCUGUUGGACGCACUGGCCAACAAUCUCCGUCCGCGCACUAUUCAGCUCCCUCACCGCCGAGAACCGUCCAGUCGUUCUUUACAUGUGCCUUCCGAGAUUUUGAGCUCCGUCAGUGCGCUGAUCAUCCACAUUGCGGCGGGUCUACCGCGCCACCGUCAGCUCCUUGUGACGCACAGCGAUCUCCUGCACUCACUGACGAAUUACUUCAACCAUUCUAAUCGUGACGUAAGGAUCAAUUGCGUAUGGGUAGUCAUCAAUCUCGUCUACGAGGAGGACUCGAGUGACCGCGACGGGUGCCGGGAACGGGCUAGCCAGCUCAAGGCUCUUGGAAUCACAGACCGCCUGGCUAGUCUCGAAGAUGAUUCGGACCUGGAUGUCAAAGAACGCACGAAGACCGCAGUGCACCUUUUGAACUCGCUGGUUUAG